GUCAACCUGUCUCUCAAUACUGUAUAAUUGUUUCUUAUGAUAGUUUCUGAGAAGAAAGCAUGGUUAGACUUUUACGAUAAAAAACAAAUCAAAUUCCCUGUUGAAUGGUCGAUUAAGUGUAAGUACAAGAAACUUUUCGAUUUGCAACUACUUCUUUUAGAUAAAUACCAACAUUUAAAGCUACUGGUCAUGAGGUAUGAUCUGUUCAACGUGAUUGGAAAUGAUACGUUUUCAUUGAUAAAAAUUACAAUUUAUGCGAGCCAUCGUUGUCAUCGCGAAGAUAUUUUCUGUGAUCGAUCAUUGAAUAGUAAUCAACGUCAUAUUGAAACAUUAUGUACGCUAUUUCGAGUAACUUCAACCAGUGACCUCAUUACAAGGUGGCUCUUAAUGAGAAUGAUUUUAUUGAAGGACUUUUAUCGAUUUUCAAGCUUGGGACCGGCAGUAACUCUGGAAGAACUACAGGCGGAGUUAUGAAAAGGAUGAAUAACAA